AUGUCGCGUGAUUCAGAUUUCAAAGCAAACAACAGCUCGUCCAUUCCCUCUCCUCCUGCCGAAUGCAAAGUCUUAACUAUCGUUAAUCGUGUUCUUGAUGCUGAUGGUACAAUCUUAAGUGUUGAAUACGGAGAAGUUAGUUGUGAAGCAUUGGCUCGAGAUAAAUUCAAUUUUGCUUUCAAAAAUUAUUUCAAUCGAAGCAAAACAAAUUAA